UUUACGUAAUAAAUUGGUAUUAUCUUUUGUAAUGAGUUGUGUUUUCCAAUUUCGCCAUCACCCUAUUCUCCCAACCAUCCAUUUCUCAUUCUCUGUAAAAUGGCCUCCCACCUUCACCUCCUCCAUUUUCCUUCAAUAAUAUUUUCCUCUUUAUAUUUUCUACGAAUCUUUUUUCGACAAAAAUGUCGCAGUCAAAUAAUGCAUCGUCGUCCAUGCAUGCACCUCAAAGAAUUAGUUUCGCCGAUCGUGGACUCGGAAUCGGAGGUUCAUUCGUGUGCCAGGUUGUUGGUAAAAUCAGCUCCAAAGGAUACUGGUUCGGCGACGAUCCUCUUUCUUUUUCUCUGCCUCUCUUGCUUUUCCAAUUGUCUCUCUUCUCCAUCUUCACACGCUCCAUUUACAUUGUUCUAAGGCCCUUUGGCCAGCCUUCUAUCGUCUCUCAAAUCCUGGGUGGUGUAAUUCUGGGUCCUACAAUUCUUGGGCAUAACUUGAAUUUUGCAGAAAAAGUGUUUCCAUCAAAGGGAAGAACAAUUCUGGAAACUCUAUCAAUCUUCGGUUUCAUGUUAUUUCUGUUUCUGGUAGGGGUAAAAACAGACCCAACAAUCAUAUUUAGAUCAGGUAGAAGAGUAUUUGCCAUUGGAACUUUUGCUUUCUUAAUUCCUUAUGGAUUGGCAGCUUUUGUUAGAUUAAUCCUCUGCCAUUUACUCUCACUGAGUCAACCUACCUGUAAGAUGCUUCAUCUAGUUGUAAAGUUGCAGUCCUUAACAGCUUUUCCGGUUAUUGCAACGUUUUUAACUGAAUUGAGGAUUCUUAAUUCUGAAAUGGGACGCCUUGCUAGUUCUUCUUCGAUGAUAUGUGACCUGUGUUUCUGGCUCACCAUGUCAAUGAGUUAUGUAGCAGAUAUUGCUUUGGCAAAAUCGAUAAAAACAUCGAUCGGGUCUUUCUUUUCGGUGGUUCUUCUUCUGAGCCUUAUUGUAUUUGGAAUUCGUCCGGCAGCAUUGUGGGCUGUUCGACAGACUCCGGAAGGGAAACCCGUAAAGGAAAUUUAUACUUUUGUUGCCCUUGUAGCAUUGAUGUGUUGCGUAUUCAUCGGUGAAGUUAUCGGUAUAGAUGCUUUGAUCUCAUCGUUCCUUGUAGGCUUGGUCAUACCGGAUGGACCGCCCUUAGGAGCUGCGUUAGUAGAAAGGCUUGAUUGUUUUGUGUCGGUAUUGUUAACACCUAUCUUUUUCACUCUAUGUGGAUUGAAGACAAAUGUUUUUACUAUACAAAAGUGGAAGACUGUGGGUGCAAUUCAGUUGGUUGUGUUAGUUGGCUUCUUCGGAAAACUUCUAGGCGCAAUGUUGCCGCCUCUGUUUUGUCGAAUACCGUUCAGAGACGCCCUCUCUCUUGGCCUUAUUAUGAAUUCCAGAGGCAUUGUUGAACUUAUUCUACUAAAUGAUUGGAGGACAGACAAUGUAAUGAAUGAUGAGUUCUUUGCGAUUAUGAUGAUCUCUAUGGUGGCUUUAACAGGAGUAAUCUCGCCUCUUGUGAAAACCUUGUAUGAUCCUUCAAAGAGGUUCCUGGCCUACAGAAGGAGGACAAUACAACACCAUCGUCGGAAUCAAGAACUACGUAUUCUUGCUUGCAUCCAUAGCCAAGACAAUGUACAGACAGUGUCGACCAUCCUUAAUGCCUCCAACCCUACCAAGGAAGAGCCUAUCAGUUUAUUUAUCCUCCACCUCAUUAAGCUUACGGGACGUGCCUCUUCCCUAUUGAUUCCGCACCGCCCACGAGACAAACCAUCUCCAUGUCCAACUCAUUCCGAAAGAAUCUUCACUGCAUUCACCAGAUAUGAACAAGAAAGCAGUGGUCAUGUCACCGUGAAUUGCUAUAAGGGCAUUUCACCUAGUGCAACUAUGCAUAAUGACGUGUGUUCACUUGCACUAGAGCACAGGAUAUCUUUUAUAAUCAUGCCAUUCCACAGACUCUUGGUAAACGGCAAAAUGGUAGACUCUUAUCACGGAUACAAACACCUUAACAGAAAUGUGCUAGACAAGGCUCCCUGCUCUGUUGGGAUCCUUGUUGAUCGACGGGACCCAAGAAAACCACCAUUCUCAUUCUUGGAGACAUCUCUUUUUCGAGUUGUUGUACUAUUCUUCGGGGGUGCAGAUGACAGAGAGGCCCUAGCCUACGCGGGACGUAUGUUGAAGCAUCCACAUGUUUUAGUCACUCUUCUAUAUUUCAAAACAUCAGUACCCGUAACAGAAGGCACUGCACGAAGCAAGAUGCUUGACUGCGAGAUCUUGGAUGAUUUCAGAUUCAACGCCCAGUGGAACGAGCGUGCUACUUACAUAGAGGAGGUGGUGAGGGACAGUAUAGAAGUUGUUUCAAUUAUCGGAACAAUGGAGAAUGCUUACGACCUUGUAAUCGUCGGGAAGGGACAUGGAGACUCGACGUUGAUGUCGGAUCUUCGGAACUGGAACGAUGAUAAAGAGUUGGGUGCGGUAGGAGAGGCAGUUGCCGGUACAGAUUGUAAACUGGGGUCUUUGAUUUUGGUAGUGCAGCAACAAACAAGAGUAUGGGGGAUGCGUGACCCUGAAGAGAAUCUGACUGAGAGGUACAUAAAUAGUAUUGGGAGUCAAGAAUUGCCUCAUUCUCAAUAGUAUUAUUCAUUGUGAAUAGACUUUAGUAAUACAUUCAGUUUUGUUGCUACAACCAGCUUCAAUUUUAUGAGCUUCGUUUC